CAAAAAUCAAAUGUCCAAGAGUCAAAACCCUAAAUUGCAUUCGACCCCAACGGCCUUCCCACGGCAAAGAACCUGCGGAGGCAAUCCUCGCAUCCCGACCCUCCGCCGUCGCUGGAAUCGCUCCGGUCUCGAGACCGAGACGCAGGUCGGCCCAUUUCGGAGUUCAUGAAAUUCUCGCAUGUUCAUCGCCGGUCGGUUCGAUCCCAUGCUCGUCAACCUCGCUCGCAGAGCCCUGCUUCAAGCUAGGAGUGGGGCCCUCGCGCUCCCCGCCGCCGGAGCUCAACCGCCGCCGCUGCUCAGGCAGUCCUCGACCUCCUCGGAGCCGCGCUACUUCACGGUGCUGUACCUCGUCAAUGCCUGCGGGCUGUCUCCGGAGUCCGCCGUCUCGGCGUCGCGGCGCAUCUGCUUCGAAUCCCCUUCGAGACCCGACUCCGUCCUGGGAUUGCUCAGGAAACGAGGUUUCUCUCGGACCCAGAUCGCGGACGUCGUCGGCAGAUACCCCGGGGUGCUUCUGGCGAGCCCGGAUGCGAUCCUCUUGCCAAAGAUCGAAUUUUGGGGCUCCAGAGGCUUCUCCGAUUCUGAUAUAGUCAGAGUCGUCAGUGCGGCCCCGAGCUUGUUGGCCAGGAGUUUAGAGAACCAUUUGAGGCCUACUUUGGACUAUAUUGUCGAACUGGUGCAAUUCGGCGAGGAUGCCGUUGCGGCCAGCAAACGUUGUCCGAGAAUGUUGUACGACGAUCCGGGUGUGCUGCUCAUUCCGAAAAUUGCAACCUUGAGGGAAAAUGGAGUGCCUCCAGCAAACAUUAGGCACUUGGUUCUGUACCAUGGGAAGAUAUUCCUGGCUUCGCCCGAACAGUUCGCCGAGGCUGUGAAUAGGGUUAAGGCGCUGGGUUUUGAGCCUUCGAAAGUGGGUUUCGUCACGGCUUUGCAUGUAAUUAGGGGCUUGAGCGAGCCAUCGUGGCAGAGGAAGAUCGGUGUGUAUGGCAAGUGGGGUUGGUCCGAGGAGGAGGUUGCUUUGGCUUUUAGGAGGCAUCCGUGGUGUAUGGCGGCGUCGGAGAGCAAAAUUACGGAAGUGAUGAACUUCUUUGUCAAUGAGAUGGGCCUUGAUUCUUUGCAUAUUGCGCAGCGUCCCGUGGUGAUCUCACUGAGCUUACGGAAGCGAAUUAUUCCUAGGUGUUCGGUGUUUCGAGUCCUAUUGUCUAAGGGCUUGGUCCAUACGCAUAGCUUGGCUACAUCCUUGAUAGUUCCGGAGAGUAGGUUUAUAAAGGAAUUCGUGACCUGUUACUUGAGAAAAGCUCCCCAGUUGUUGGAUCUUUAUAAGGAGAAGAUGGGUCUUGCAAGCUAGUUCUGAGCUUUAUGCCCUUGUUCGGGCUAAUAUAUGAUGCCUAUGAAAGCAAAGGAGAUCAUACACAUGCUGUUUUGGUUUAUGUUUGAUAAUUGGCGAUGCUGAGUUUUGUGUUACUUACCUUCUCUGUUUCAUCCCUAAAGUUCUCCAUGUCUAGCUGUGUUCUAUUAUAACCUGCUCUGUUUUUUCA